AUGGACAAGUUUCUGAUUCGUAAAAGUCAGGCAAACGAUGCGCCAGUUGCGAAGAAGCCAAAGCUUCGCAAAUAUGACGAGAGCUAUUUGCAGUUUGGUUUCACCGUCACUGGCACGACUGAGCAACGUCCUCAGUGUGUUUUGUGUGCCGAGGUGCUGGCAAAUGACAGCAUGAAGCCAUGCAAAUUAAAAAGGCACCUCGACACCAAACACCCUGACUUGAAAGAGAAGCCUGUGGACUUCUUUACACGUAAACGUGAUGGCCUCCAGCAACAACAAACCACCAUCUCCAAGCAUAGCACUGUCUCCAAGCAGUGUCUGGAGGCAUCAUCUUUCAUGCCAAACACGGCUCACACAGACAUACAUGAGAAGGCAGAGUCUCACAGCUGCCAGGCUGAUGUGGCUCUUGAUGGCAAAGGUAGAAAACCAACCAGUCUGUGGAAAACAACUCUCGAUGAGAGUCAGUUCAGAAAAAACUUGGAUCGGACCAGUCUCCCACAUGAACGUCGAACCUCGUCCCCCAACCACUUCAGGUCUUUCAUGCCAAACACGGCUCACACAGACAUACAUGAGAAGGCAGAGUCUCACAGCUGCCAGGCUGAUGUGGCUCUUGAUGGCAAAGAUGAGACCUUGGGGGAGAUUGCUUUAAGAAUGCUGGGGGAGAUUGCUUUACAAUUGGACAGGAGGAUUCUGUCUUUCGUCUUCCAGGGCCACAGGAGGUUUUAUGGUUUCACAGUGCAGAAUAUUCCAGCCAAGAUCAUAGACGUUAGCACAAAUCGGCUGACAGGGAAGAUGGAUGAAGGCUAUCAGUUGUACCUCACUCAGAGGUAUGCUGACCUCAUUGAGCAGUUGAAUCAGCUCGGAUACAAAAAGGCACUUCACCCUCCAUUCUCUGAAUUUAUCGUCAACACUUAUGGGAUCCUGAAGAAGAGGCCUGGAAAACACGGCCCUCAGUCAUUGGACUACAACAACCCAGAGACUCUGAAGAAGCUCAUAAUGACCACUGCUCCAAUAAAACUUCAGGAGAACCUGCUGCUGCUGCUCAGAUGUCUCUGCAACAUGGCCGACAAGGACAGAAGGCCUCUUAUUCUCUAGAAGACAUGAGUGUAUUCAGAUUUACAAGCUUGCACAAUCCACAAAUUGGAAAUAAACAUUGAUGGGGGCAUCUGAUUGUGGUGGUGUAUACUAAUCGUGGUGGCAACUGAUCGUGGACUAUUAUUUUCAACAAGAUGACUUGAUAGACAAUAUGCCU